AUGUCAUGUUUGAUCACGCGGGGGUAGAGAUGAUAAUUGUGACGCGUAAACCAUCUUUACAAAAAACAUCAAAAUGUCACUUUAACAGUACUACAAAUACCAGUUUCAGUAGCUUUAGUUCAACAAGGUCAAGUACAGGUGCAAACUCUGCUGUCACUGUGGAUAGUACUGAUGCUCCAGAAAAAUGCCAGGCUGCUAUUAUUGAAACUUGUGGUGGGAUAAGGGGGACAAUUCCACAUAGAACUACUUUUGAAUUCGGUACACAGGAUGGCAGAGGAGCUACAUUAAAUAUUUUGCAAG